CGAUAGAGAUGAGCGAGGAUGGCAAAUAGCAAAUAGCGACAACAUCUUCCUCCUUGUCUUCACUCUUUUACUCCUCCAAACACCCACUACUUGCCCUUUCUAGCUAUCAAUCGAAGCCGGUUGCUAGCUGCUGCCCUGCUCGUACCGAUAGCCAUGUCGUUCGACCAAGGCGACGACGAUUUCGGCCUGUACGCAUCUCCUUCACGAAUAAGACAAUACGAAGACGACAAUGACGACCACGACGACGCUUAUGGAGGAGGAGGUGAUUAUGAUCAAGAGGACGAAGAAUUUGGUAUGGCCGAGGAGGAUCAGGAGGAUGAUAUGGAUGACGAGCUAGACGAGGACGGUGACGAGAUGGACGGGGUUAUCCAGACACCAAGCCGGAAAGGCCGAGGAACACCUCGAGGGCGGAGCGAGUCGACCGCACCUCAUACUCAAGGUUCUCCUGCCUCUACACCCGGUCGGAGAAAGCUCGGAACCCCAGCUUCGGGUCGACGAGGUCGAAAGACUCCCAAUAAGAAACGCCCCGUCGCCGAGCUGCAGGCGGAAUGGCUGGAAAAGAUGAUGGACCCGGAAGCUGCAGGGUAUAUCAAGCCGACCGCAGCGGAUGCCUAUUUCGUCGCUGCGGCACGACCUAAACGGAAACGAGUCGCCGAGACCGAAGCAGACGAUGAUCAGAAGGAGGGUUCGGAUGGCGCUGGCAAGACAAGAGGGGAAGGAAAGGGGAUGCUGGGGACGCCCCGGGGAAAGAAGGGAAAAGGCAAAGAGGAGAUCGUUCGACCUACCAGGACCGAGAUCGAGUCUUGCCUUUGCACCUACCACCGAUCUCAGAUGGACGACUGGCACUCGCUCCUCCAAUCCGGCUUCAAUCUCAUCUGCCACGGGUACGGCUCGAAACGUCUCCUCCUGAACGAGUUUGCCGAUACCCACCUGUCCCAACGCGGCAACGUCAUCCUCGCCCACGGUCUCUACCCAGGUCUGACGAUCAAGGACGUCCUCGUCGAGAUCGAAGAGACUUUUCCUCUGAUCCGCCAGACACCUGUCCCCGACGAACCCGGUCUUACCAGAGCGAUCGACAAGCUGGCUUACCGUAUCUAUACGUAUUUCCUCCCUCCCUCGGCUCUUCCUACACCAUCUCCGUUCAAAGUGGCCGAGCGACCAUUAUAUCUGGUCUUGCACAACAUCGACGGCCCAGGACUCCGUACCGAACGUUCCCUCGCGCUCCUCGGCCUUCUAGCCUCAUCCCCACGCAUACACUUGAUCACCUCCUUCGACCACGUACACACGCCCAUCCUCUUCCCCUCAUCGCAAACGACCGCCCCACCUCACACCUACCCACCGAACAGCUGGGACGGCCACAUCCAACCUUCUCGCGGUUUCAACUGGGCGUGGUUAGAAACCCCCACUUACGCGGCGUACGACGUCGAACUACAGUACGUCCGUCAGACAGCUGCGAUCACCGGUAAAGGGUUCGCCGGGAUGGACAUGGACGACAACGAUGGUACCCAUGCAGGGGAAGUCACCGAAGAAGGUGUCUUGCGGAUCCUCCAAUCCGUACCUCCUAUGGCUCGACGUCUGUUCAAGCUCUUGGCUACCAGACAACUCGCAGCGUUACCCGGGGAUAUCAGAUCGGCCAAGGCUUACCCCGUCGCCAAUGCCGCUACGGCUCCCGUAUUCGCUAUCGACAGCGACAUUUUGCAAAAACUCGCCAAAGACCGGUUCAUCGCGAGGGAAGAAGAACGGUUCACCUCCCAGCUCACCGAGUACAAAGAUCACGGGGUCAUCGUGGAACACAUCUUGGACCCGGAAAACCGUCCGGGUCGAUGGUUAUGGAUCCCGCUGAGCAAGGACGUGCUCAACAGGGUGCUCGCGACGAUGCAGGACGUAGAGGCAUAAAAGAUCGGCGAUAUAAGCUCGUGCGAUUGUUCUUUGG